GCCCAUUACUUUACUACUGGAGUCAGCUGCGGCUAAGGAUAUGUCCUGCUUAAUAGCAGGGUACUGCCGAGUGUUUGUUGACCCUGACCUCAACGUCUUUCCCUGGAUAGAUGACUCCAAGAAGCACAGAAUCUCUGCUGAGGAAGGUUAUGUUUCACGGUGUGGCAGUGACUCCGAUGAAUCCUCAGACUUAGACAUGGAACCGCUGGUCAACCUGGUGUCUGACAAGAAGCCCCGCCUUCGAAUCAGAUCUUCAUCAGAUCCAGAUGGACGGAACAGAAAAGACAGUCGGAGAAACAACAAGGAUGAGAGUGAAAGGGGAGAGAAACCUGGCGAGGAUAAAAGACUAAAAGAUGAAAAGGGUUCUGACACUAAAACAGAAAAGUUUCAGCUCGAUAAGAAUGACGAGAAUGAAAGCUCCGAGCACAGGAAGGAGGUGAAGAGCGUGCAGGAUUGUGGACAAAUAGAGAUCCACGUAACGGACAAUGAUUCGGGGAGACAUGCUAGACAGGAAGGGGAGAUGGGAUGUGAAGAGGAUGUGCGAGCAGCAGAGGAGGAGCCGUCUGUAUCAGAUUCAUGUCAUACGGACUCUCGUGUCCUCACCAGCGUCUCCAGUGACACUCUCGAUGGCCUGGAGGAAGAUGACUUGAUAUCAUGCUCCUCUUCCUCUAUCCACGCCAGUGCUGCUUCACAAAGUCACGCCAGUGUCCACUCUUCGUUUCACCUUCACCCUUAUUCUCAUGGGCACGUACAGCCUCACCUGCUUGCCCCACCACCUGCGCACUCCCAUCCCCUGAUUCACCUCACAACUCCUGACAGAGGAGGAGGAGGGGCCUGCAGGAGAUCAGGCGAUGGAGCCGAUCCCCAGCUCACCUCACCCGUCUCCACUUCUUCUCAGAGCCUUGCUGAU